AUGAAGAUAUUAUAUCAAGUGGUCAUAAUUUGUUACGUUUGCUUAAUAAUGUUUUUGUUAUUCGAAUAUAGUGAUGCAAACAAAAAUGAAGUGUCAAGACCAAAACGUUACUUAGCAUUCAGAAACAUCACACAUUUUUUUAUGCGUCUCAAUUUCAAGGCCAAUAUGGUAUGGUGGAAUCAAAUAUUUGCACAGGCAAUAGGAUUCCGUAUAAAUUGGGAUGACCCUCCGGACUCCUUCCACCCUUACCACCAUUUGCACAGAAGAACUGUUUACAGCAACUUGGAAACAUUAUUGGACAAUAACGGAAUGAGUGGGUACCACUGCGUCCGGCGGGCCAUUUGUGAAAUGAGAUUGAUCGGCGAGCCGCGUGGGGUUUACUACAGAAUUUUAAAAAUGGUCUUCAGGCGACAAUCUUCAGCGACAGACAAAUGGCAUAACGUCACAAAAGAAGAAUGUCCAAUGUCCAUGAACUUGUGUCCAUUAUCAUUACUAGACGUGUCACUUUAUACAGACAUGUAA